AUGGUAAAGUUUUACCAGCCAUGUGAACAGAGGUUUGCAAAUCUUGAAACUUUAAAGGUAUCUACUUGUAAAUCAAUUGAGUAUGUAUUUGAUUUUCAAGUGCUUGAAAAUGCAAGUGAAGAAACCAAGUUGUUCUCGUCAUUGAAGGAUUUAGAAUUGAUUAUGCUUCCUAAGAUGACCAGUAUAUGGAAGGGUGGCAGUCAGUUUCUAAACUUUGAUAACUUGAAGAGAAUAAACUUGGAACAUUGUCUCAAGCUAGUGAGAUUAUUUUCACCAGAUCUUCUACAAAGCCUAGGUUGUUUGGGAAAAAUGGAGAUAAGUUAUUGCAGUAACUUGGAGGAGAUCUUUGAGAUGAAAGAUACAUCCAUGGCUUCCCCAACUUUAGGAAAUCUAACUUACAUGAGCGUAAGUUACUGUAACAAACUGAAAAACCUCUUCAGCCCAUCCAUUGUCAAUAGCUUGGUGAAGCUCAAAACACUUAAACUAUCGCAUUGCUCAACAAUAGAAUACAUAGUCACAAACGAAGAUGGAGAAAAAGGAGCAUUAACAGAGAAGAUCAUGUUUCCUAGUUUGUACGACAUGGAACUUGAAGAUAUGGAAAGCCUCACUUGUUUCUACAGUGGAGUCAUUGCUAUUGAAUUCUCGGCUUUAAAGAGAUUAAUGAUUUGUCAAUGUCCGAAAAUGAAGACCUUUGGUUACGGAAACCAAGUGACACCCAAGCUCAACAAAGUGUAUUUGAGGAAUGUUAGAUGCAGAAUCUUAGCACCAAUGGACCGAGCUGCUGAAGCUAUUUAUGAAUUCAAGUACGUGAUCCUUGGCGGUGGUGUCUCUGCUGGAUAUGCAGCAAGGGAGUUUGUUAAGCAAGGUGUUAAGCAAGGAGAGCUUGCAAUUAUCUCAAAAGAAGCAGUGGCUCCAUAUGAACGCCCCACACUUAGCAAGGAAUAUCUUCUCCGUGAGAAACCUGCUAGACUUCCAGAUUUCUAUGUGUGUGUUGGAAGUGGAGGAGAGAGACUGCUUCUGGACUGGUACACAGAGAAAGGAAUAGAAUUGAUCCUUAGCACAGGAAUUGUUCAAGUAAAUCUUGUUUACAAGGCUCUUGUUAGUGCAUAUGGCCAAGUUUUCCGGUAUCAAACAUUGAUAAUUGCAACUGGUUCCACACCACUAAGGUUGACAGAUUUGGGUGUACAAGGAACUGAUGCGAAAAAUAUCUUCUACUUAAAAGAAAUUAAUGAUGCUGAUGAAUUGGUUAAAGCGGUUAAAGCAAAGAAGAAUAGGAAGGCUGUGAUUGUUGGAGGAGGAUAUAUCGGUCUUGAGGUUAGUGCAGCUUUGCGAAUCAACAAUUUGGAUGUUACUAUGGUUUAUCCUGAACAAUGGUGCAUGCCUCGACUCUUCACUGCUGGUAUUGGUACUUUCUAUGAGGGUUAUUAUGCCAAUAAAGGAAUCAAAAUUAUUAAAGGAACAGUUGCUGCUCGAUUCACAAUUGACUCUAAUGGAGACGUCAAAGAAGUGACACUAAAGGAUGGCAGGGUACUAGAAGCCGACAUUGUUUUUGUUGAUGCAGGAGCUAGACCUCUCACAUCAUUAUUCGGAGGGCAGGUUGAAGAGGAGAAGGGUGGAAUAAAGACUGAUGCAUUUUUCCGGACAAGUGUUCCUAAUGUUUAUGCUGUGGGAGAUGUUGCUACUUUCCCUUUGAAAUUGUGCAAUGAGAUGAGAAGAGUUGAGCAUGUUGAGCAUGCCUACAAAUCAGCUGAGCAGGCUGUGAAGGCCAUCAAGGCAAGUGAGGAAGGCAAAACAAUUGAGGAGUAUGACUACCUCCCUUACUUUUUUUCUCGUUCUUUUGAUCUCUCAUGGAAGUUCUAUGGUAGCAAUGUUGGAAAGAGAUUACUGGUUAGAGACAAUGGUCCUGGAUCAGAAAAGCAUAAGUUUGGAACGUUUUGGAUCGAAAAGGGCAAGAUUGUUGGAGCUUUCCUUAUGAAUGGGACUUCUCGAGAAAAUGAGGCCAUUGCCAAUGUUGCUAGAGGCCAGCCUCCAGUUGAUUAUUUGGAUGUGCUGAAGAAGGAGCUGGGUUUUCCCUCUAAAGAAAAAGAUAGGUGA